UGUACAAUAUUUAUCGCACAGGUCGAUUUGUGAAAAUUUGAAUUUAAAAUACCUUCUGCAUAUACAUUGUCGAGUGAUGGUAAAUCAAUAGUUUAGCAAUGAAGAAAAAAUUGUUACGACCGAUCGUACGGGAAUUUAUCGAACUGUACAAAAGCCUGCCGUGCCUGUGGAAAGUGCAGUGCAAACAGUACGCUGAUCGGCCAAUGAAAAUCGAAGCCUACAAGCUGAUGGCCAAAAAAUUAAGCGAAAUGGAACCGGAUGCCAAUCGAGUGUCGGUCAUCAGGAAGAUUAACAACCUGCGUAGCAACUAUCGGAAGGAAAAACGAAAAAUACGGGCGGCAGAGCUGAGUGGCGGCCUGUAUGAACCUUCGCUUUGGUACUACCAUUUGUUGGAGUUUCUGGAUGGGCAUGACGAUUCCGAUACCGAUAGCAUCGACAUUAGGCCCGUCAAAGUUCAGUUGGAUUCACCACCGCGGAAUGAUAACGACGAGGAAGCUUCCUCACAGCCACCAACGGAGGCAACAUUCGAGCUAGCCCUAAUGAACGGAAGUCCAUCGGAGUCCAUGGAAAUGUACUCCUGUCUGGACGCAGUUAACUCGAGGAAACGAAAAUGUGACGAUGUUUUAAACAUAGCAGAUCAUGAUCAAAUCCAAAUUGGUAAAUGUGAAGAUAGGCACGAUGCAUUCGGUCACAAUAUUGCAUUUAAGCUUCGAGCCUUGCCAGAUGAGCAGCGUAUUUACGUGGAAAAGCUCAUCAACGAUGCCAUCUUCGAAGCAGAACUGGGGAAUCUGAACCGGCAUUGCCGGAUUCAGUUAGGGGAAAACUGAUUACAGCUGUAAGCGAGGAAAUUUAGAACCCUCUCG